AUGGCGGAUUUCUUGGUUGAAGUGACGGGAGAUCCAGGCGAAGACAUGGGUACACGGUGGAAGCUCCAUGUGGACGGAGCCUCCAACCAGACCUUCGGAGGUGCCGGGAUCAUCCUGGAAAGCCCAAUUGGGGUUGUAUACGAACAGUCGGUUAGAUUCGAGUUUCCCGUCUCAAACAACCAAGCAGAAUACGAAGCCCUCAUAGGAGGCUUGACCCUAGCGGCGGAAGUCGGCGCAAGAAGACUGGAAGUGUGCAGCGAUUCUCAAGUCGUCACCUCCCAAGUAAACGGCAGCUACCAAGCCAAGGACCCCCUGUUGCAAAAGUACUUGGAAAAGGUGAUAACAAGAUUCGGGAUACCAGAAGUUGUCAUCUCGGACAAUGGCACGCAGUUUACCGACAAAAAAUUCACGGAGUUUCUCAACGGCCUGGGUAUAAGGCAAAGGUUCUCUUCAGUAGAACACCCUCAGACGAACGGACAAGUAGAGUCCGCCAACAAGGUUAUCCUCUCAGGGUUGAAAAAGAGGUUGGACAGUAAGAAGGGUGCUUGGGCCGACGAGCUAGCGUCGGUCCUCUGGUCUUACCGAACCACCGAGCAGUCCUCCACCAAGGAAACUCCUUUCCGGUUAACGUACGGGGUGGACGCGGUAAUACCCGUAGAAAUCGGAGAGCCAAGCCCACGACUUCUUUUGAAGGGGGUGGAGGAAGCCGUAGAAAAGGACCUGAUAGAGGAAGCCCGAGAAAUGGCCCACUUGACAGAAACGGCGCUAAAACAAAGAGUAGCGCUCCGCUACAACACCAAAGUGCUCAAGAGGGAAUUCGGGCCAAACGACCUCGUCCUGAGGCGAAAUGAUAUCGGCCUGCCGACCCCAGGAGAAGGCAAGCUGGCGGCCAACUGGGAAGGCCCAUAUAGAAUCAAGAAAGUGAUGGGAAAAGGAGCAUUCAAACUAGAAAGACUCGACGGCAAGGAAGUCCCGAGAACUUGGAAUGCGGACAACCUAAGAAGAUUCUACUCCUAG